GCAGCCCCCCCCAAAAUGCUGAGGUCCUUAGUGGAGAGGGACGCGUGUUGAUGACGCAAACAUAGACGCACCAAGAGAAAAGCAACCAUCACAAUUUGCUGCAAAUUUUGAAGUCGUAAUGGCUGAGAACGAUGUGGAGAAUGAGCUCUUGGACUAUGAGGAGGAUGAAGUGGAUACCGCAGGGGGCGUCGGAGAUGGUGGGUUGGGAGGAGGGACGGGAGACGCCAUGUCCAUGCAGAAGGCGGCGGUAAAGGGUUCAUAUGUGUCCAUCCACUCCUCUGGCUUCAGGGACUUUCUGCUGAAGCCAGAGCUGCUGAGGGCCAUAGUGGACUGCGGCUUUGAGCACCCAUCCGAAGUUCAGCAUGAGUGUAUUCCCCAGGCCAUUUUGGGAAUGGAUGUGCUGUGCCAGGCCAAGUCCGGUAUGGGGAAGACAGCCGUAUUUGUACUGGCCACACUGCAGCAGCUGGAGCCGGUUACUGGUCAGGUGUCAGUGCUGGUGAUGUGUCACACACGAGAGUUGGCCUUCCAGAUCAGCAAAGAGUAUGAGCGCUUCUCCAAGUACAUGCCCACUGUCAAGGUGGCUGUGUUCUUUGGGGGUCUGUCCAUCAAGAAGGACGAGGAGGUUCUGAAGCGAGAGAGUCCCCAUGUAGUGGUGGGGACGCCAGGGCGCAUCCUAGCCCUCUCCCGCAACAAGAGCCUCAACCUGCGCCACAUCAAGCACUUCAUCUUGGAUGAGUGUGACAAGAUGCUAGAACAGCUUGACAUGCGUCGUGAUGUGCAGGAGAUCUUCCGCAUGACUCCCCACGAGAAGCAAGUCAUGAUGUUCAGCGCCACCCUCAGCAAAGAGAUCCGCCCUGUCUGCAGGAAGUUCAUGCAAGAUCCCAUGGAGGUCUUUGUGGAUGACGAGACAAAGCUGACACUGCACGGCCUGCAGCAGUACUACGUCAAGCUCAAGGACAACGAGAAGAACAGGAAGCUCUUUGACCUGCUUGACGUGCUCGAGUUCAACCAGGUGGUGAUCUUUGUGAAGUCGGUGCAGCGUUGCAUUGCUCUAGCUCAGCUGCUGGUGGAGCAGAAUUUCCCGGCUAUUGCCAUCCACCGGGGAAUGCCACAGGAUGAGAGGCUGUCCCGCUACCAGCAGUUUAAAGACUUCCAGCGGCGGAUCCUGGUGGCCACUAAUCUGUUUGGCCGAGGGAUGGACAUCGAGAGGGUCAACAUUGCCUUCAACUAUGACAUGCCAGAGGACUCGGACACAUACUUGCAUAGGGUGGCACGCGCAGGCCGAUUUGGGACGAAGGGUCUGGCCAUCACAUUUGUGUCCGACGAGAAUGAUGCCCGCAUCCUGAACGAUGUGCAGGACCGCUUUGAAGUCAACAUCAGUGAACUGCCCGAAGAGAUCGACAUCUCCACCUACAUUGAACAGAGCCGGUGAAGUGGUGAGGACGGCAGGAGACGUACGCAGAGGGGCAUGAGCCCUGACUGUUCUCCAGAUUCUAACUCUGUUUGAAAGGAUCAGACUUCAGUGUUAGCCAGAGCCUGGCCAAGCAGGAUCCAACCACCAGUUUUCCCAGAGUUUUUGGCUGUAGUGACGUAGGCUUCUUUUAGGUUCCCUUUGCUGAACCAUGAGUUUUGAGUGAUGUGCUUCAGCCAUGAUGUGCUACUUCCGUUAAUCGUGGGAUUUAUUUGCGACGGCAUUUUUGCCGUUUUUUUUCCUUCCAGUUUUACUUUCUAUUACUUUCAGAUGUUUCCAAAUGUUCUAGUUAUGUACGUGUGGUAGACACUGGUGGCAGGUGAUAUAAUAUAAUUUGUAGUACCUGUAGCUUGUGGCAUGCGUCACUUGCUUGACACAAAUAAAAAGUGUUUGUUUUGUCUAAA